UUUCAAAGCCCUGCUUUUACAGAAGUGGACCAGAUUCUCCCUCCCUGGUCAACAGGCACUUCCAAAAUGGCCCUUCUUAUUUCCUUCCUGAUGGGGAUGCUGGUACUGGGCACCUUGGCUGAGCUUCCACCGCUACAUCCAGAACCUCUCCUUUCCCCUUCAUGUAAUUCUUCUGAAGUAAAGGCCGUUGCCGAGAUAGCCCUUAACGAGAUCAAUGCCGAUCGAAAAGACGGCUAUGUGUUGGGUCUCCAGCGAAUCUUCGAUGUCCGUGAACUUCCGCAGGGGCCCACAGGCAACUUAAUCUUUUUGACCUUGGAUGUGCUGGAAACUGACUGCCACGUCCUGAGCAGGAAAUUGGCGAAGGAUUGCGCCUUUAGAAGUGCACAUGAGACAGUCUAUGGGCAGUGCAAAGCCACGUUCCAGAGCAGCAAGAAUUUGGAAGAUAGCUUUCUGUAUCACUACGAUUGCUUUUUACAACCACUUUCUGCAGCGAAUAUUACAAGGCUAUGCCCUGACUGCCCUGUUCCCGGUGACCCAACCGCAGCAAGGUUUCAAGAGGCAGCUGCCGAAAGCCUUGCCAAGUUCAAUGCAGAAAACAACCAUCGACAUUACUUCGCCCUCCUCAAUGUCACCAGAGCACGUUCACAGUGGGUCGUUGGUCCUUCAAACUUUGUGGAAUUUACCAUCCAGGAGACAUCGUGCACCAAAAACAAGUCUGUGGCUGACCUCUCCAAGUGCCCACUCCUCCCACCUGAAACUGCAGAGAAAGGUCUAUGCAGAGGCUCUGUGGUAGACAGUCAGAUUGAAAAUCAGAAGUUUGUCAAUGUAAAAUGUGAAUUCUUCCACACACAGGCAACCACAGAGCAGAAUCCAAAACCUGGACAUGGACCCGGGCAGGAUGGACACCACCAAGAUAGUGAGAGCCACGAGGAUGGCCAUGGCCAUGGUCAUGGCCAUGGCCAUGGCCGCGGCCAUCAUCAAAGAGGGACAGGACGAGACUCCCACCAUCACCACCCCCACCAUAAGCACAAUAAGGAACACAGACAUCAUAACAAACAUCACGGCAAUCACUCACAUGAGCAUGAAGGAUCACGGCAUCAACAUUCUCGUUUAAUUCCCCACUUGCGUGGGAAACCUGUUCACCCUGAAGUGCAGGACAAACCAGUGAGGCGACCAGGCUUGACCAAACCAACUAGGCCAAGUAUGGUUCCAUUCCCUACCGGGUUUUCAGAAUCAGAUACCUGUCCAGGAGAGCCCUUAAUACACAUCCUCGGCAUUGAGUUGCCCAAUAGGCCCGACAAAAAUCACUUUGUCAAACUUCCCAAACUGAGUAAUGUAGAACGUUGAGAAGCCACUCAACAUGAGGCACAGCAUCACCUCUGAAUGAGCAAAGCUUUCAGAGAAGGAAGGAUAGGGCGGUUCUUGGGAUACCCCACUUACAGAAGGUAAUUUUCUCCUAUUGAAUUAUGGAUUGCAUUAAUUCACACAAGGGUGCCAGAGGAAAAUCUGCAUUAGGAAAAUUAAUAGUGAUUUACAGGAGUGGAAAUACUUUACCCAAUGGGCUGUCCCUUGCAUUCUUCCUGCACCAGGAAAUGACAAUUUCUGCAUAAUUUGCAUCCAGGGAGAGAAUUUGCGGUUCUCUCCUGUGCGGACAGUUACUUUCUCGCCCUUCCAAAAUGACUUCAUGAUAACUAAAGGGCUCCUUUUGCUCUUUUCCCUCCUUUUCCCACUUUGCAUCUUCAUCCCGACCGCCUCCUUUUCCUGUGAGAACAACUGUUUUCUGUGCUGGAAGGAAUUUUACAAAAUACUCAAUAAAUGAGCAGUGUGGCA